CGGAUCCCCGAGCUCGUCAAGCAGCUGUCGGCCAAGCUCAUCGCCAACGAGAGGUCUGGAUCUCAGAAAUUACGGACUUGUAAUAACAGUGCUGAACUGGGAGGCAGGUUGGAAAAGACCAAGUGAGAACAAAGCAAAACAAACAAGCGAGACACCUGGAAGCGCUCAGCGUGGGGCCUGCACAGAGUGCGCCCUCAGCGGACAGCAGCUGCCGCCUGAUGACAUGGCAGAACUCCUCCUCGGGGAGUCGAAGCUGGAACAGUACCUGAAGGAACACCCCCUGCGGCAGGGGACCAGUCCCCGAGGCCCCAGGCCCCAGCUGACCGAGGUCCGCAAGCAUCUGACCGCGGCCCUGGACCGAGGGAACCUCAAGUCAGAAUUCCUACAGGAGUCCAACCUGAUCAUGGCCAAGUUGGAUUACGUGGAAGGGGACUAUGAAGCAGCUCUCCGCAUUUACGCCCGCGUGGGCCUCGAGGACUGGCCGCUGACAGGCGUCCCCCCUUACAGGCUGCGGAUGGCCGCGGACGCCUACGCCACCAAAGGACUUUGUUUAGAGAAGUUGCCUAUUUCUUCUUCUACCAGUAAUCUUCACGUGGACCGUGAACAGGAUGUCAUCACCUGUUAUGAGAAGGCGGGGGACAUUGCCCUCCUGUACCUCCAAGAGAUAGAAAGGGUAAUACUUUCUAAUAUUCAAAACAGAAGUCCUAAGCCUGGCCCUGCUCCCCACGAUCAAGAACUAGGUUUUUUCCUAGAAACAGGACUGCAGAGAGCCCAUGUCCUCUAUUUCAAAAAUGGGAACUUGACAAGAGGAGUCGGGAGAUUUAGAGAGAUCCUCAGAGCAGUCGAAACAAGAACAACCCAAAACCUGAGAAUGACAAUAGCCAGGCAGCUGGCGGAGAUCCUGUUGAGGGGGAUGUGUGAGCAGAGCUACUGGAACCCUCUGGAGGACCCGCCGUGCCAGUCGCCUCUGGACGAUCCUCUCCGGAAAGGAGCCAACGCAAAACCCUACGCUCUCACCCGGAAAGCCCGCGUCUACUCAGGAGAGAACAUUUUUUGUCCUCAAGAAAAUACUGAAGAAGCCCUGUUGCUCUUGCUGAUUAGUGAAUCAAUGGCCAACCGGGACGCUGUGCUGAGCCGGAUACCUGAGCACAAGAACGAUCGCCUCAUCAGUUUACAGAGUGCAUCUGUGGUCUAUGAUUUACUGACCAUUGCUCUUGGAAGAAGAGGCCAGUAUGAGAUGCUGUCAGAGUGCUUAGAAAGAGCCAUGAAGUUCGCCUUUGAAGAGUUCCACCUCUGGUACCAGUUUGCCCUGUCCCUCAUGGCUGCUGGAAAAUCUGCUCGUGCCGUGAAGGUGCUGAAAGAGUGCAUCCGUCUGAAGCCGGACGACGCCACCAUCCCCCUCCUGGCCGCCAAGCUGUGCAUGGGCUCCCUGCACUGGUUGGAGGAGGCUGAGAAGUUUGCCAAAACUGUCGUUGAUGCGGGAGAGAAAACGUCAGAAUUCAAGGCCAAAGGCUACUUGGCCCUGGGGCUUACGUACAGUCUGCAGGCCACUGAUGCUUCUUUGCGAGGGAUGCAGGAGGUCCUACAGAGAAAGGCGCUUCUUGCAUUUCAGAGGGCCCACAGCCUGUCACCUACAGAUCACCAAGCAGCUUUCUACCUGGCUCUGCAGCUUGCCAUCUCCCGACAGAUACCCGAGGCUCUGGGAUACGUCCGCCAAGCCCUUCAACUUCAAGGCGACGAUGCCAACUCCCUGCACCUCCUUGCCCUCCUGCUCUCAGCACAGAAGCAUUACCAUGAUGCUCUGAACAUCAUUGACAUGGCCCUGAGUGAAUACCCCGAAAACUUUAUACUACUGUUUUCCAAAGUCAAGCUGGAGUCGCUCUGCCGGGGCCCGGAUGAGGCGCUCCUCACUUGUAAGCACAUGUUACAGAUUUGGAAAUCCUGCUACAACCUAACCAAUCCCAGUGAUUCUGGACGUGGGAGCAGCCUCUUAGAUAGGACCAUUGCGGACAGACGACAGCUUAAUACAAUUACUUUGCCAGACUUCAGCGAUCCCGAGACAGUGUCAGAUUCCUCCUCCUCCUCUUCUCUUUCAAGAACCGAAUCUCCUCUCCACCUGUUUGUAUCUUCUCAUCUUCAUUCUCCUCCCAAACCCGAUACCUUUGUGUGGCCCCCUGCACCUCAUGCAGUCAGUGACCCAGGCCCCCGCCAGGAACCCUCUCUGUGUAAACAUGGUUUAUGGUUUUUCCUUUCUUGCAACUCUCCAGAAGUAUACUUUCAUGGUUUUCCCUCCCUUUUUUCAGUUAGCUCCAUCCACGCCACGUCGGUAGCAGCCUCCAGAGUGGAGCAGGCGCUGUCGGAAGUGGCCUCGUCCCUGCAGAGCAGCGCCCCCAAGCAGGGCCCGCUCCACCCCUGGAUGACGCUGGCGCAGAUCUGGCUCCACGCAGCCGAGGUCUACAUCGGCAUCGGGAAGCCUGCAGAAGCCACAGCCUGUACCCAAGAAGCUGCCAACCUCUUCCCCAUGUCCCACAACGUGCUGUACAUGCGCGGCCAGGUGGCCGAGCUCCGCGGAAACAUCGAUGAGGCCCGGCGGUGGUACGAAGAAGCCUUAUCCAUCAGCCCCACCCACGUGAAGAGCAUGCAGCGACUGGCCCUGAUCCUUCAUCAGCUGGGCCGCUACAGCCUGGCCGAGAAGAUCCUCCGGGAUGCGGUGCAGGUCAACUCCACGGCCCACGAGGUCUGGAAUGGACUGGGCGAGGUCCUCCAAGCUCAGGGCAACGACGCGGCGGCCACCGAGUGCUUCCUGACGGCCCUGGAGCUGGAGGCCAGCAGCCCCGCGGUGCCCUUCACCAUCAUCCCCCGCGUGCUCUGAGGGGGGCCCCCCGCCUGGGCGCCAAAGGCCGAGCCUGGCCCACGGAGGCCCUGGAUGAAUGUGCGUCUGACCACAGCGAGCGAACUAACCCAACCAGCCCCAAUCAUUGCUCUCCACGUGCAUUUCUGUUGUCGUCUCCACCUGCCCAAUGAUAGUUUUUGAAUCUACUGACAUUGUUCAAAACGGAUUAUGUGCCAUAUUUUGUUAGUUGACAUCUGAGUUUUAAGUACAAAUGAUUAUGGAAUUAAUCAGCAAAUGUAGACGAAUAUAUUCAAAAGUUAAAAUUCAGUGGCAGAACAGAUUAUUUUUAUCAGAGCUGUAAAGAAAACUGUUCUCUCCGCCCCAUCACCACCCCUGCCCUACCCUUGGCCCAGAAACCAAAUGUGAAUUUUCUGUCUCCCACCUCAGUGCUAGUCCAAGCCAGGACACCAGCUGACAAUUUCUUGGUUCUGUUGUCAGUAAUUGUACCAUGUGAUAAAUUACUGUCCUCACUUAGAACAAAGCCCGAGUCCAAGAAUAUUUAUAUUUUACCAAUAUAUGCCUGUUACGAGAGAAGGAAAUAUGAGUUAUUUAAGUUUAACUUUUUUAUGUGAAUUCAGAGUUUAUUUAUCGAUGGAAAUAUGUACAAAGAAGCUUCAAAUGGAAUAUUUACCGACAUUCCUUAUACAUGACAGACACUUGGCUAAAUGGAAAGAUGAUGUUAAUAAUAAAAUGAUUUUUAAAUGGA